AUGGCCUCACCCGGACCCCGCGCCUUGCGUGCUGCGCUCUGCAGCGGUUGUUGUUGCCUCCUCCUGUGUGCCCAGCUGGUUAUAGCUGGUAAAGGAGCCCCAGGCUUUGGGCGGAGAGCCUUGAUCGGCCUGAACUUCUGGUCGACUGUCCGUGGGGGCUGCAAACACCUGUCACAGUGUGAACGCUGUGUGGACAGAGCCCACAACCUCUCCAAUUGCGUCUGGCAGCAAUGCGGGCCAGAGGAGCCAGGACAUUGUGUGGUCCAAGCUGAAGUGGACAAGGAGGGUUGCCCUGUCUAUAACCGGUCAGAGUCAUGCCCAGCAUCCCACCACCAUCCCACCCAUGAGCCGAAAACAAGCACAACAGGUAGUCCCCUAGUCCCUGAAGCCCACAACCCAAGUUUUGACCCAGCCAGCUUCACUGGGGGUGUUGUACUGGUGCUGAGCCUGCAAGCCACAGCCUUCUUUGUGGUGCGCUUCUUCAAGAUCAAGAACAACAAUUUCCAAACAUUGUGA